AAAUCACUUAGUGUGACAUAACAGAGUCAGCAUCUGAAAAAAAAACAGUGGCUGUCAUGAUUGUAUUAUUAUAGGGAAAGAUUCUAAAAAACUUCAGUGAAAUUCAUGGGGCUGAUGCUAGAAGCUCCAAUCAAGGGAACUUGCCCUGUGGGGCUUGUUCCCAGAUCUGCCUUAUCUCUGGGUAUGAUUCCUGAAUGAGAGGCAGGUUCACGAGAAGGGAGUGGGGAUGGAGGGAAGCCAGCCUUCAGAGUCAGACCAAGGCCACACCCAUAGGAAUUCAGGCAGCUGCCUCUUUCCCCUAUCCAGUGGGUGUACUUAUGGCGUUUUGGCAAGGCUGAGAUAUGGAGAUGACCGAAAGACCUGAUAAACACACAGCCACUCUAACUAAGGGCUGUUCAUCGUUUCCUCCCAUCUGCAGUGUGCCCUGGGCUUGCCCCGCUCCAGGCAGUGGGCCUGGGACUCUAUGCGAGCUGCUUCCUUGGUUGGGAGCUGACUUCCUCGGAAAGGCGGAGACCUGGGUCCCUGAGCAGGUAGUCAUGGCCCAGUGGGCUGAGAGCUUUUCCAAAUGAGAGCAGAGUGUGAGGGAGGCCAGGACUUUGAGUGCAUGGAGCAGGGUGCUGGGAUGCAGGGGAGGCAGCUUAUACCCCAGCCUUGUCUGGCACCAGGGGUCCAUCACGUUCAGUGGGGAUGUUUUUAUCCACGAUCGGCCCCUAAGGGGCAACCCCCCUCUCAUCUCUGUCUGCCACUGCCGAGAGGGUCAUACAAUUAUGGGUCUCCUCAUUUCCAAACCAACUGGGAAAUUAAGCCGCAUCUUCAUCAGAGCGCUAUUAGUAAUUUCCAAGAAAGGAGUAAUUGAAAAGAAACUUUUUAAUACCCUCAGCAAAUUGGCGUGGGGGCACGGGCACCAGGGGCUUCUCCCCACCUCCCCCAUGGUCCCCUGCCCUGCCCCCCUGACCUUCUCUCCAGCAGCCCCAGCCUCAUUCCUGGCUCCAUCCAGCAAGCCGCCUGAUCCUCAAGUUCUUUUCUGUUCUCUGGCUCUUAUUCUUAUUCUUCAUCUGGAAAAGGAGGUUGUCCAGGACUAUACCCCGUGGGCACUGUGAGGUGAGGGAGCUGACAUCCUUGGAAGCGCCGGGCUCUGUUGGGCACAUCCAGGGCCUCUGUGCCCGGUGCCUGCGAUGCUCCCUUCGAUGCUGGCACCCUGGCUGCUUCCAUCACCUCUGGGCUCAGUCCAUGCCCAUCUCCUCCUGACCUUUCUGGAAUCCAGACCCACCCAAGCUCUUCUCUGAAUGCUUUUACUUCGUACUCCACCAUGUAUUGGUGUGUUUUUUUAAUUAAAAGCUGCAGCAUCUCCGGUGAUGGAGUAGCAGUGUCUCCCCAACACCCGUGCGUUUCUUGCGCAUUCACUCUGCACCAGGCUCUGGGCUUGGUGCUCCUGCGCAGUGGGUUACUGUAUCCCCAUUUUACAUAGGGAGACACUGAGGUUCUGAGAAGUGAAGUGGCCGGUGGAGCUGGGCUUCCUUUCGAGGCCCACUGAGCCUAGCUGUGGAGCCUUCUUCCUGUGGGAGGGUGGGGUGCUUUCGGUGGUCCUGUCUGCACCUGAGAAGUGUGUUCAGGCUACUGGAGAGCAGAGGCCAUGAAACCCGCCUCUUUGCCGCUGCUGUGAGCAGAUGGUGACUUGAGCCGUGCAGGCGCCUUCUCUGUGCUGUCUUUGGCUUCAGGCCAACCUGGCCACUUAGUUGUGUGACCUGAGUGCUCUGUGUCCCUCUGUGCCUCCCUGUCCUCACACGUGGGACAGAGGGCCUUGUUCUUGCCUUGCAGGGGUGUUCUGGAGAUGACACGGCGGUAGGCACUCGGGUGACGUCUGGACCUAGAGAACGUUCUGUGAGUGGCAGUUCUGAUCGGGAAGGGCUCCUGCCUCAUCCCUGCCAGGGGCUGCCACCCAGGACUAUGUGCGGCUAGGAUGGAGGCAUCCGCCUCAGCCACGGCCACGGACAAGAAAGAAGUCAAAGGUGGGAUCCUGGAGGGCCUCACUUUCCCUGACUCCGGCAGGAAAGCCUCGGCCCUUGCGGUGGCCACAGCGGCAGCGGCAGCCGCGGUAGCUGCCCAAGGAGUGCCGCCGCAUCUCCUGCCACCGUUCCACGCCCCCUUCCCACUUGACAUGCGACACCAGGAGGGACGGUACCAUUACGAGCCUCACUCUGUCCCCGGCGUGCACGGGCCUCCCGCCCUGAGCGGCAGCCCUGUCAUCUCUGAUAUCUCAUUGAUUCGGCUUUCCCCGCACCCCGCCGGCCCCGGGGAGUCCCCCUUCAACGCCCCCCACCCGUACGUGAGCCCCCACAUGGACCAUUACCUGCGGGCCGUGCAUGGCAGCCCAACACAUCCCGCCAUCUCUGCAGCCAGGGGCCUCAGCCCCGCGGAUGUGGCUCACGAGCACCUUAAGGAGCGGGGGCUGUUUGGCCUUCCCGCUGCAGGCACCAACGCCUCAGACUAUUACCAUCAGAUGACUCUCAUGGCGGGCCACCCCGCGCCGUAUGGGGACCUGCUGAUGCAGACGGGGGGUGCGGCCAGUGCACCCCAUCUCCAUGACUACCUCAAUCCAGUGGAUGUGUCGCGUUUCUCCAGCCCCCGGGUGACACCCCGCCUGAGCCGCAAGCGAGCGCUGUCCAUCUCCCCGCUCUCAGAUGCCAGCCUCGACCUCCAGCGCAUGAUCCGGACCUCGCCCAACUCGCUGGUGGCCUACAUCAACAACUCCCGCAGCAGCUCGGCCGCCAGCGGCUCCUAUGGACACCUGUCGGCUGGUGCCCUCAGCCCAGCCUUCACCUUCCCCCACCCCAUCAACCCCGUGGCCUACCAGCAGAUCCUGAGCCAGCAGAGGGGCCUGGGCUCAGCCUUCGGACACACGCCACCCCUGAUCCAGCCCUCGCCCACCUUCCUGGCCCAGCAGCCAGUGGCCUUCACCUCCAUCAGUGCCACACCCACCCAGCUCAGUAGCAGCAGCAACUGUCUGAGUGACGCCAAUCAGAACAAGCAGAGCAGUGAGUCAGCCGUGAGCAGCACCGUCAACCCCAUCAUCAUUCACAAGCGCAGCAAGGUCAAAACUGAAGCCGACGGCCUGCGGCCAGCCUCCCCACUGACCCUAACACAGGAGCAGCUGGCUGACCUCAAGGAGGACCUGGAGAGAGACGAUUGUAAGCAGGAGACUGAGGUGGUUAUCUAUGAGACCAACUGCCACUGGGAGGACUGCACCAAGGAGUACGACACCCAGGAGCAGCUGGUGCAUCACAUCAACAACGAGCACAUCCACGGGGAGAAGAAGGAGUUCGUAUGCCGCUGGCAGGCCUGCACGCGCGAGCAGAAGCCCUUCAAGGCACAGUACAUGCUUGUGGUGCACAUGCGCAGACACACAGGCGAGAAGCCCCACAAGUGCACGUUCGAGGGCUGCUCAAAGGCCUAUUCCCGCCUGGAGAACCUGAAGACUCACCUGCGCUCCCACACUGGGGAGAAGCCGUAUGUGUGUGAGCACGAGGGCUGCAACAAAGCCUUCUCCAAUGCCUCAGACCGCGCCAAGCACCAGAACCGCACCCACUCCAAUGAGAAACCCUACAUUUGCAAGAUUCCAGGCUGCACCAAGCGGUACACGGACCCCAGCUCGCUCCGGAAGCACGUGAAGACAGUCCACGGCCCAGACGCUCACGUCACCAAGAAGCAGCGCAACGAUGUGCACCUCCGCGCCCCCCUGCUCCGGGAGAAUGGGGACAGCGAGGCCAGCGCCGAGCCCGGCCGGGGCUCCGAGGACAACGCCGAGGCCAGCAGCACUAGCCAGGCCGUGGAGGACGGCCUGCACGUCAAGGCCAUCAAGACGGAGCGCUCUGGGCUGUGUCAGUCCAGCCCCGGAGCCCAGUCUUCCUGCAGCAGCGAGCCCUCUCCCCUGGGCAGUGCCCCCAACAAUGACAGCGGCGUGGAGAUGCCGGGGACAGGGCCCGGGAGCCUGGCAGACCUGACAGCUCUGGAGGACCCGCCGCCAGGGGCUGACACCUCCGCCCUGGCCGCCCCCUCUACUGGUGGCCUACAGCUGCGCAAACACAUGACCGCUAUGCACCGGUUCGAGCAGCUCAAGAAGGAGAAACUCAAGUCACUGAAGGAUUCCUGCUCAUGGGCCGGGCCAGCUCCUCACACCCGGACCUCCAAGCUGCCUCCCCUCCUGGGAAGUGGCUCCGUGCUGGAAAACUUCAGCGGCGGCGGGGCGGCGGGGGCGGCGGGGCGCGGGGGCGGCGGGCCCGCGGGGCUGCUGCCCAGCCCGCGGCUGUCUGAGCUGCUCCCGGGCGAGGUGACGGUGCUGAGCCACCUGCAGGAGCGCCGGGACAGCUCCACCAGCACAGUCAGCUCCGCCUACACCGUGAGCCGCCGCUCCUCCGGCAUCUCCCCCUACUUCUCUAGUCGCCGCUCCAGCGAGGCGUCGCCGCUGGGCGCCGGCCGCGCGCACCCUGCCAGCUCUGCUGAUUCCUACGACCCCAUCUCCACCGACGCGUCGCGGCGCUCGAGUGAGGCCAGUCAGUGCGGCGGCGGCCCGGGGCUUCUCCAGCUCACGCCCGCCCAGCAGUACAGCCUGCGGGCCAAGUACGCCGCAGCCACAGGUGGACCUCCCCCGACCCCGCUGCCGGGCUUGGAGCGCACGAGCCUGCGGACCCGGCUGGCGCUGCUGGAUGCUUCCGAGCGCGCGCUGCCCGCUGCCUGCCUGCGCCCGAUCGGGCCGCGGCGGGGCAGCGACGGGCCACACUACGGGCCCACGGGGCCAUUGCCCGCUUUCCCCCACGAGGCACCAGGCGGCGGGGCGCGGCGGGCCAGCGAUCCCGGGAGGCGGCCUGAUGCCCUGGUGGCGCCGCGGGUGCAGCGCUUCCACAGCGCCCUCGACGUGACCCCAGGCACGCUACCGCCACCCUGCGGCCAGGGCCGAGGCCUCCGUCUGCAAAGCCAUGCGAGCGCUGAAGGCAGCCUGGCCCGUAGCGGCUACUCGCCCCGGCCGCCCAGCAUCAGCGAGAACGUGGUGAUGGAAGCUUUGGCCGCGGGGGCGGACGGCACUGGCCCAGAGGUCAGCCUCGGACUGCCAGAGGACGACCUCGUGCUCCCCGAUGACGUGGUGCAGUACAUCAAGGCUCGUACCAGUGGCACCCUGGAGGAGAGUACCCCACCGGUGUACCUCCCGGAAAGCACCUGCUUCUCUGAGAACCCUAAACUGCCCAGCCCCGGGCUGCACGGCCACCGCACCAUAGCAGCUGCAGACUCGAACGUGGGCCCCUCUGCCCCGGUGCUGGGAGGCUGCCCACUGGGCUACGGGGCCCCCUCCAGCCUGAGCAAGAACAGCAUGCCUGUGCAGUGGAACGAAGUGAGCUCAGGCACUGUGGAUGCACUGGCCAGCCAGGUGGAGCCUCUGCCCUUCCCACAGGGCAACCUAGCUGUGGUAACGCAGAAGCCAGCCUUCGGCCAGUACCCAGGAUACAAUCCGCAGGGCCUGCAGGCGAGCCCCGGGGGCCUAGACAACUCACAGCCGCACCUACAGCCCUACGGUGGAGCCUCGUCCACACCCAGGGCAAAUUAUACACAGCAGCUGCGGCAGCCAGGGGCUGGCAGCCAGUGUCCCAACGUGACUGCUGCAGUGAACCCCCACCCCGGCUACAGCCAAGCCCACCCCCAGCUGAGCACCGUGGGUGGGACCCUGAACCAGUUCCCCUCCUCUUGCAGCAACAUGUCAACCAAGCCAGGCCACCUGGGGCUCCCCCAGCAAAUGGAAGUUGCUCCUGACCCCACCAUGAUGGGCAACAGCCACAGGGAGCUCGGCAUGCCCAAUUCCAGCCUGGCUGGGAUGCCACCACCUCACCCAGCCCAGAACUACCCACAGCAGAGUCAUCACCUUGUGACCACCAUGAGCCAGGAGGGCUACCACCAAGGCCCCAACCUGGUGCCUUCCCACCAACCUAGUUUCAUGGAGCCCCAGCAGGGCACGAUGGGGGCAGCCGGAUCUAGCUUUGGCCUAAUGCAACCCCGGCCACCCCCAGAGCCUGGCCCUGCCGCCCGCCACCGCGGGGUACGUGCUGGGCAGCAGCUGGCCUAUGCCAGGGCAACUGGCCAUGCCAUGGCUGCUAUGUCAGCCAACCAGGAGAUGGCAGAGUCUAUACCCAAGGGAACAAUGGGCAGCAUGUUGUCCCUACCCCCCCAGCCACCCCCGCAGGACACAGGCGGGACCCAGGACCACAGCAUGCUCUACUACUACGGCCAGAUCCACAUGUACGAGCAGAAUGGAGGCCCUGAGAACCAGGCCGGCUGCCAAGCCCUGCGACCCCAGCCAACACAGCCCCAGGCCUUGCCCUCGCCAGGGGUCAACCAGGUGUCCAGCACUGUGGACUCCCAGCUACUUGAGGCACCCCAGAUUGAUUUUGAUGCCAUCAUGGAUGACAGUGAUCACUCCAGCUUGCUUUCUGGCGCCCUGAGCCCCAGCCUCCUCCACGGCCUCUCCCAGAGCUCCUCCCGCCUCACCACCCCACGCGGCUCCCUGACUCUGCCCUCCAUCCCUGCCGGUAUCAGCAACAUGGCCGUGGGGGACAUGAGCUCCAUGCUCACCAGCCUGGCUGAGGAGAGCAAGUUCUUGAACAUGAUGACCUAAGGCCCCGGCCCCUGGCACUGAGCAGACUUGGAGGGACCAUCGCUUCCCAGGGCACGGUGCUUUUGUGUUUUACCUUUUUCCCCAAAAAGUAUUAAAUAGGUCUGAGGGAGUUUGGCCAGUGGCUGGUUCAGCCACAGAUGCUUUAAGGGCAGGUUUAUGUGCAUCCCGUCUGGUCUUCCUUCAGAUAGUCUUUUGGAACUCUCAAAAGUCUCCGCGGAAAAGGCAAGGCAGGGAUACAGAACUCGUUUACACAGUGCUUCACAGCCUCUGGUGUUUAUGGGAGUGUUCUGGCUUUGUCACCUCUGUCAUUUGGCUAACGAGGGAUAACAUUGGCCCAGGGCAUUCCAAGCACACAUGGAAAGAGGUGAGAGGAACCACAUUUGGAUUUGGAUCAUCCAAAAGCCAUACCAGAUAUUCUAAUCCAGGAAGAUAAGUUUCUUGCUCCGGUGCCUGCAAGGUAAAGGAAUUCCUGGCCCAUGGGAAUUCUUCUGUGAAACUUAAUUGUUGAAGCCUUGACAUCCCUUGCUGUGGAGGGGGAAAUUUGUUUUUUUUACCUGGAUGGUUUGGAAGCACAUCCUUAUUAUGCAUUUGGUAGAGCUGCUGUCUCUACCCUGCAAAGCCAAGUUUGUGGCUGGCUGACUGUCCAAGUAUAUAUGGAUGAGUAAAGUAUGAAAACAUUGCCCAGAAAAGGAAAUAAAACAGUGUAAUACUCAGGGCAAGCCCAGAAGCUGCCCAGGCCUCUCCAGACCAUGUUUACAAUGUUCAUGCAUGUAGAAUGUAGCCCUUCCUGAAAAGAACACAUUUCUAAAUACCUCAGGGCUGCUGGAGCUGCUGGGGGUUAGGGAUGGGGUGAGCUGAAAUGUGUGAUGAGGGGGGCCUGGGUAAAGAAAGCACACUGGGGGCCCAGGCUCAGGCCGCCCUGGAGGUCUCCCAGUUGGAAGAGGAAGUCACAUGUUUACCCAACCCUGUUUCUCCAAUGCACUGUCCACCCACCUUAUGGUGGAAAACUCUGGGGCUUGAUGGCAGCCUUUGCCCACAUCCCUCCAGGCCAUGCUGUCCACUCACCAGCAGCCCCCUGACUGACCCCACGCUACAACGUGCAGUCCUGGUAUCUUCUGGUCUCCCUUCCCUCCGCCCACCUGUGCAUUUCACAGACAGUAAUGAUAUGCAUGGCAUUUUGGGCAGGGGUGGGGUUGUGAAAGGGUUGGUUCUUGGGACUCUGAGGGACCAUCUCUGAAUUUUCCUGUUCAGUGUUGACCAAGCCCCACCUGGAAAUGGAAUUUGGAACUGGCGUCAGAAGACAUUGUUCCCGAACAUAUGGGAGGGUGAAUGGAUGCAUCUUCCCCACCACACACGUUCACAAACACCCCACACCUUUCUCAUGCUGGAUUUGUGGCAACCUUGCUGAAUCCACCUGCAUCGCUAUGAACUUGACACUGACUAUGAGCCUGGCUUCAACCGGAACGUGGCCAAAACCUCACCUGGGCCUCUACACCCCAGAACAGCAAGUGCUUUGUCAGGGUUCAAAGACAAGGUCAAGUUCAAAUGACAGCCCUGAGACACCUCCAAGGGUCUGUGCUCUGUGUGGUGCAUGUUCUUUCCCUGGGCUAGUAUUUCACUGGCCGUUCCCUGUUUGUAUAUAAUCUGUACAGAAAACAGCAUCCCUGAAAAUACUGUAGGUGCAUCAUCCGGUCAGAUUUAUAUCUCCAAAACAUUUUUAGCUUUUUCUACAUGCUAUGAAUUGAGAUGACAUACUCAACUUGUAAAUAAGUUGUUUUUUGUACAUUAAAAAAAAGUAAUUUUUUCAUAA